CGGCUACCAUGGUUACAACAUCACUUUGUGCUGAACGUCACCACUUCUUGUGGCUAACGUUGUGCACAUAACAUGUUAAGGAGGCGUUCUUUGUGCCAUUGUUCAAUCAAGUAAAAACGAGAAAACGGAUAAAUGGACCGUGGGUCAAAGCACAGGCAGGUGAAGCCUCUGGCUGCCUCUCUGCUGGACGCCUUAGAUUAUGACAGCUCAGACGACAGUGAUUUCGAAGUGGGAGACGCAGAUGCCUCAGGAUCAGAGGGUAGUGCCAUUGGGAGUGAUGAGGAGAGGUCCAAGGAGGAGAGCGCUGCUGAGGACUCUGACAAUGACAGCGACUCUGACAACAUCGGCUAUGCAAUGGACGGUGAGGAACAGACCAAGGAGCUGACAGGUGACGACACCCCCACAGAGGAAGAGGAGAGGACCAAGGAAGAGCAGCCGUCCUCUGACACUAGCAUCACCACCACUAAAGACCCUGCUCCAUCAGGGGUGCCCAGGGGCCGACGGAGGAGAGAGGAGAAGGCCUCGGACACAGAGGCUGGGAGUGGAGGAAGUGGGAGUGGCACAGGUCGUGGUAAUGUGAGUAGUGGUAAUGCGGUAGUGGUAAUGCGGAGGACGGCCGUGACACAGGAGCCCAAGAAGUGGAACCUGCGUUGUAAACGCCCCAUGCUGGACUUCACCACCAUGGAAGAGCUCAACGAGAUGGACGACUACGACAGCGAAGACGACAAUGACUGGAGGCCCACCUCCGGCAAGAAGAAAGCCAAGACGGCGGCCACUCAGAGAGGAGGAAGCGAGGGAGAGGAGGAGGCGGAGGAGGAAGAUGACGACGGAGGGAGCGGUAGUGAGGAUGAUGACAACGAUGGUGGUGAUGAUGAAGAUGAGAACGAAGAAGGGAGCAGUAGCGACAGUGAUAAAGAGGUGAAGAAACCCAAUAAGAAAGUGAUAAGCAGCAGUGUGCUUGACAAGGAGCUGACCAAUGACAGCAUGUCACAGGGAAAGAGCAACAAGGAUGCCCUGCUGGAGCGUGCCCAGGCGUGGAGCGCGGUGGCCCAGAGGAUGGAACACAUCCUGAUCUGCUGCGUGUGUCUGGGAGACAACAGCGAGGACGCUGACGAGAUCAUCCAGUGUGACAACUGUGGUGUGACUGUACACGAAGGUUGUUAUGGAGUGGACGGGGAGAGCGAUUCCAUCAUGAGUUCUGCCUCGGAGAAUUCUACGGAACCGUGGUUCUGUGAUGCCUGCAAGAACGGCGUCACACCCAGCUGUGAGCUCUGCCCCAAUCAGGAUGGGAUCUUCAAAGAGACUGACGCUGGGAGAUGGGUCCAUGUGGUUUGUGCGCUCUACGUCCCUGGAGUAGCGUUUGGGGACAUUGAUAAACUACGACCAGUGACUCUCACAGAGAUGAAUUACUCCAAGUAUGGGGCCAAGGAGUGCAGUUUCUGCGAGGACACCCGGUUCGCCCGGACAGGCGUGUGUAUCAGUUGUGAUGCUGGCAUGUGCCGAUCCUACUUCCAUGUGACCUGUGCUCAGAGGGAGGGGCUUCUCUCCGAGGCAGCUGCGGAGGAGGACAUAGCUGAUCCCUUCUUUGCGUACUGUAAGCAGCAUGCGGACCGCUAUGACAGGAAGUGGAAGAGGAAGAACUACCUGGCUCUCCAGUCCUACUGCAAGGCGUCUCUACAGGACAAAGAGAAGCAGCUGGCCCCUGAGGCACAGGCCCGUAUUACCACCCGGCUGCAGCAGUACCGGUCCAGGGCAGAGCUGUCCCGUAACACCCGGCCCCAGGCCUGGGUCCCCCGGGAAAAGCUGCCGCGACCCCUGACCUCCAGCGCCUCCGCCAUCAGGAAACUCAUGAGGAAGGCUGAGCUCAUGGGCAUCAGCACGGACAUCUUCCCCGUAGACACGUCAGACAUCAGCGCCAGUGUGGACGGACGCAGGAAACACAAGCAGCCCGCCCUUACUGCAGACUUCGUCAACUAUUACCUGGAGAGGAACAUGAAGAUGGUGCAGAUCCAGGACAAUAUCUCUGAGCAGAAGAGCCUCAAAGACAAGCUGGAGAGUGAGCAGGAGAAGCUGCACGUCGACUACAACAAGCUGUGUGAGUCUCUGGAGGACCUGCAGAAUCUCAACAGUGUUCUGAGGAGUGAGGGCCAGUUCAUAUGGACCAUGCUGGGAGGAAUCCUAGGACAGAAACUGAACUCCCCGUCGGUCCUGAAAGCCCCUAAAGAGAGGAAGCCCAGCAAGAAGGAGGGAGGAGCUCCUGGGAAGUCCUCCAGCCUACCAGCUGUCCUCUACAGCUGUGGGAUCUGUAAGAAAAACCAGGACCAGCAUCUCCUGCUCCUGUGUGACACCUGCAAGCUCUACUACCAUCUGGGCUGUCUGGAGCCUCCGCUGACACGCAUGCCCAAGAAGACCAAGAACAGCUACUGGCAAUGUUCAGAGUGUGACCAGGCCAGUAGCGAUGAUGCCGACAUUGCCAUGGAGACCCUGCCUGACGGCACCAAAAGGUCUCGGAGACAGAUUAAAGGACCAAUCAAAUUCAUCCCUCAGGAGAUGUCCCCAGAGCCCAAGAAACGAGAUGUGAGGGGCACGAGAACCAGAGGACAGAAGAGGAAGAGGGUGUCCGUCUGUGAAGAAGAAAUGUUUGAGGUGCAGGAACCGGCUCUACGGGAGCGGCAUCAGCGCCAGUCUGCGAUGCAAAAGAAGACACCUAAAGCAGACGACACUAGGACCGACUGUACAUCCUGCAAAGGACCUGGGGACAACGAGAACCUCGUCAGGUUGUGAGAGCCGGGGCAGACACCUCUCCUCACCUCCCCACACCUUGACACAGCUGGACAGAUGAGAGAGAGAAGCAGACCUUUGGCUUAGAGGCAGAGAGGGACUUAAUUACGUGGAAGAAUGACAGCGGCGGUGUGGGAUCAGAUGGCCAUCUUUGACCUUUCAACCACGGUCUUCUUCGUGACCCAAAUUGGACCUUCUACUGGCCGUCCAAUUAAAAUUGAGGGAGAGAGGCAGAAAUGGAAAUGAACUUUGAUGAAUUCUAAAAUACUUGUUGAAAUUAGCAAAUUAAGUUUUGGAAGGUUCAGUAUUACUGAACUGGUCAUUCUUGGAAGAAACAACAGGCCCUUUAUGAUCAUCACUGCCAACUCUAAGAGUCCAUCUCUAAGGACUAAGGUCUAUCUAGAGUAAGGAGUGAUUCUGAAACUGAACAAUAUUACUAGAAGCAUCUCAUUGGUUACCUGUCUGUCUGCUCCUCUCUAUUCCUCUAACAAUGGUGCUUCUUCUCUUCCCCUUUUUUGUCUCCCUUGUUCCCUUUUCUGUUUCUCUACCCCUGUCUCUUCACUCUCUCCUCAGCCCCAUUCCCUCUCUCAUCCAUUCUAUGUUGGCACUUCACUCAUUUGACCUCCCUAAGCAUCUUAUCACCACAUCCAAUCAGUUGUAUUGACUCAAGUCAUUUGUGGUCCAAUCACAUAGUGUUUUCCUCAGUAAAGGCCUUUAAUUGGAGAUGCACUUGAACUUAAGCUCUCAUCAUCUUCUUCUAGUGUUGUGUUGUCAUCAAGUAGAACUUUCUAGAGUAGAGGAAAAGUAGUGAUUUUUAGUAGAAUGAUUUUCCUUUCUGGUGUUUGAGAAGUACUGUAAGUAGCUGCUUAGAUAAGGUUUAACAUAUUGAAAAUAGCAACAUUCGUAGUAAUGGUUAUUGUAACUUCUAAUGUGAAUGUGAGUGUACAGUAGGUUUUUAGUCUCCCUAAAAACUCUCUCUUUAAUAUUUUUAAAAUAACAGUUUAACUCUGAGUUCUAUUGGAAGUUUGUGUGUGCACGUGUCUCCCCAGUGCCCCAUAGUGAGUGCUGUCAACUGAGCAGCUGCCAUGUGGUCUGUCUGUCAGGGUCCUUGACAGAAGUGUCACAGUUUGCCCUCACAUGUCACUCCUCCGCUCAUCUCCCCCAUCCCAGGAUCCUCUAUGUCACUACUCCUCUCUUCUGCCCAUCUGUCUGGGGACCCUAUAUCCAUGGCUCUGGGAGCUGCCAAACCUCACAAUGCUGGAAAAUCUGCUGAGGAAUUAAAUAUGGGGGUUUGGUAGUUUUCCUGUGGAGAUUAGAGAUGCCUGUACAGGAUGACCUGGUCACUCACCACGUCAUGUCACCCCCACGAGCCCUCCUCAUCCUCUUCCGUCUCCUCAAAAAAAUUAGAGGACUGUCCAUGAGCUACAGCCUCUAGCUAACCCUACUACAGCUAACCAGCUAACUCUACUACAGCUAACCAGCUAACCCUACUAUAUCUAACCAGCUAACCCUAUUACAGCUAACCAGCUAACCCUACUACAGAUAACCCUACUCCAGCUAACCCUAAUGCAACUAACCCUACUGCAGUUAACCCUACUUUCAGCUAACCUUACUCCAGCUAACCCUACUCCAGCUAAUCCUAUUCCAGUUAACCAUACUAAAGCCAACCCUACUACAGCUAACCCUAUUCCAACUAACCCUACCCUACUACAGCUAACCAGCUAACCUUACUCCAGCUAACCCUACUCCAGCUAACCCGAAUGCAACUAACCCUACUGCAGUUAACCCUACUUUCAGCUAACCUUACUCCAGCUAACCCUACCCUACUCCAGCUAACCCUACCAUACUCCAGCUAACCCUACCCUACUCCAGCUAACCCUACUCCAGCUAACCCUACUCCAGCUAACCCUACUCCAACUAACCCUACUCCAACUAACCCUACUCCAGCUAACCCUACCCUACUCCAGCUAACCCUACCAUACUCCAGCUAACCCUACCCUACUCCAGCUAACCCUACCAUACUCCAGCUAACCCUACUCCAACUAACCCUACUCCAGCUAACCCUACUCCAGCUAACCCUACCCUACUCCAGCUAACCCUACCAUACUCCAGCUAACCCUACCCUACUCCACCUAACCCUACCCCACUACAGCUAACCCUACCCUACUACAGCUAACCCUACCCUACUCCAGCUAACCCUACCCUACUCCAGCUAACCCUACUCCAGCUAAUCCUACCAUACUCCAGCUAACCCUACCCUACUCCAGAUAACCCUACUCCAGCUAACCCUACUCCAGCUAACCCUACCAUACUCCAGCUAACCCUACCCUACUCCAGCUAACCCUACCCUACUCCAGCUAACCCUACCCUACUCCAGCUAACCCUACUCCAGCUAAUCCUACCAUACUCCAGUUAACCCUACCCUACUCCAGAUAACCCUACUCCAGCUAACCCUACUCCAGCUAACCCUACCAUACUCCAGCUAACCCUACCCUACUCCAGCUAACCCUACCAUACUCCAGCUAACCCUACCCUACUACAGCUAACCCUACCCUACUCCAGCUAACCCUACCAUACUCCAGCUAACCCUACCCUACUACAGCUAACCCUACCAUACUCCAGCUAACCCUACCCUACUCCAGUUAACCCUACCAUACUCCAGCUAACCCUACCCUACUACAGCUAACCAGCUAACCCUACUCCAGCUAACCCUACCCUACUCAGCUAACCCUACUCCAGCUAAUCCUACCCUACUACAGCUAACCAGCUACCCUACCCAAACCAGCUAACCCUACUCCAGCUAACCCUACUCCAGCUAACCCUACUCCAGCUAGCCCUACCCUACUACAGCUAACCCUACCCUACUACAGCUAACCCUACCCUACUCCAGCUAACCCUACCCUACUACAGUUAACCAGAUAACCCUACCCUACUACAGUUAACCAGCUAACCCUACCAUACUACAGCUAACCAGGUAACCCUACUUCUACUAACCUUAGCUCUGGCUCUGUAUAUAUAUAACCAUCAGACCAAGGGUUAGGCUAUUGGCCAACUGUGUAUCUGACUGUAGCCUACAGUAAAUGUACUUUUAACAUGGCAAUACGUGGUGUGUUCCAUCCGUUUAGCGUGUGUGAAUGAACACCUGGUAGCUGUGUUGUGUGAUCGGUGUGUACAGUAUUUAUUGAUUGAUUGAAGUCCAUGCUUUUUUGUGUCUUAUUUGUGCAUUCAUUCUUGAUUUUAUAUCGCAAUACGCCUUUUGUUAUUACUGUAUUGUGAAGAAAUUGAGUUAAGCUCACUUUUGUGUAGGAACCUUAAAGGACUCCUUGCUAGGCAUAUUAAUUGUUUACAUAUUUGUUUACAAUACAUGCCUUUAUGCUACUAUUUCUUUACACACAUAAACACACAUAUAUGUGAUUAGUAUUAUUUGUAUAUUUCUAUAUGUAAUUAUUUCUAACAUGUUGUGGUAUUACCACAUUUGGUAGAAGUUCAUACAGUAACUGUGAUAUACUGUAUGGAGUAAGAAUGUUGCUGCUCUCAUGAUAUGUGUGAAUGUGAAGUAUCCCGAACUCCCAGCCCCUAUGGCCCUCAGCAUUACAGCAGAGCUUUAAUAAACUCUUGACUUUUUCA